CCGGGUUCCUCGCGCAGUUUUGUUUUGUUUGGGUGGAUCCGCGCGGCGCUCAACGAUGACAGAAAGUCACACUUCCGCGGCCGUAGCUCCUGUUUUUCUGCGACUUAUAUGACAACUUGGUUUCAAUGAACGUGUUGCGUACGCGCGUGUCGGCUCGGUAAAGGCGCACGAGGGACUUCACCGGGAUUUCGACCUGAACUGAGACACCUGUUGCUCCGGUUUCGACGGACAGGUGCCACUUUCUAGGGAGGAGCUCCGGGCUCGAGAUACAACCGAAACUUGGAUACAUUUCUUUAUUAUUUUGCCCAAAACAACCAAACAUUUGACUUGACAGCUGCUAUGAAAGUCACGGUGACGUUCGGGGACACCGCGGUGGUGGUUCCCUGCAAAGCUGCGUGGACCGUCCGGGACUUGACCGACCAAGCCACGCGGAGAUACCGCAGGAUUUUGGACCAGCAGGAGGAGAGCGAAGUGAGGACCCACCACAUGACGUACAUCGAUGGAGGGAUCAUGGACAUGGACGACCUGCUGAGUGACCUCGUGGAAGACCGAGAGAAGCUCGUGGCGGUGUUUGACAUCCGGCGCAGGAGGACGGAGAGCCCCAGGGAGACCAUGUCCAACGGCUACUCCAGCGCCCCGCCGAGCCCCGAGCCCCUCUACUACUUCUCCCACCUGCAUCCCCAGCAGCCAAUCGGAGGGGAGAUCGAAGUCAACGAGGCCAUCCUCAAAGCCAACACACCUCUGUUGGUGAGGAGCAGCAGCGACUCGGCCUUGCCCCCGACCCUCGAGAUCAGAGCCACGCCUUCGCCCGACGACCGCGGCAGCGGCUCUCCUGAUCCGGAAAUCAACCAUGUGCUGAAAGGAGCUCUGGACCGGCUGCACACAGACGACCCCCCCGCAAAGAUGAGCAAAGCAAACUAUAGCACCCUGACGAAAGUGGUGGAGUUUCCAGCUGACUGGGGACCCCUGGGUAUCCACGUGAUCCCGUACUGCUCCUCUCUCAGUGGACGGACCCUGGGCCUGAACAUUAAAGGCAUCGAGAAAAACAGCCGCUCCGCGAGGGAGAAUAUCUUCCGGCAGGACGAGUGCAUCGUGCAAAUCAAUGACACGCCCCUCGAGGACAAGACCUUCGUGCAGUCACAGGAAGUGUUCCGCCAGGCCAUGACCUCCUCCUCCUCCUCCUCCGUGCGCCUGGAGGUCCUCCCCCCGGCCAACAAGCCUCGCUACGAGAAGAGACUGAUCGGUCAGCUCUUCACUGCCGACGGCAAAGAGUCCGAUGCAAAGGCGAGGAGUCCGAUGGCGCCCCGUGCCAAAACCGACCCGGAACCCAGACAAGACGCCAACGGCAAGCUCGAGGUUAGGCGACCCGAUGGGCGGGCCAAGACGGCGGAGACGUUCGCGGCGAACACACCGUCGCCGGAGCUCCAGCCUGGGCGCGGCUCGCUGGAGAGAGUCUCUCCCAUGCCUCCGGCCAGGGGGGCGAGCUCCUCCCCGUCACCCAGGACCCAAAGCCCCCUGGCCGGUAGGAGCCCUGUUCCUGGCCUGACCAACCCUGCCGGCAGAAAGGGCGGCAAGAAGAUGAAAAUUGACCUGAAGAAAGGCGACGAGGGUCUGGGCUUCACCGUGGUAACCCGGGACUCCACGGUCCACGGGCCGGGACCGAUCCUGGUGAAGAGCAUCCUGGCGCGCGGCGCAGCAGUUAAAGAUGGUCGCCUGCAGCCGGGUGACCGCAUCCUGGAGGUGAACGGAGUGGACAUGGCGGGCCGUAGCCAGGAGGAGCUGGUGGCCAUGCUGCGCAGCACCCGGCAGGGAGAGAGUGUAUAUAUGGUGGUGGCACGGCAGGAGGACGUCUUCCUGCCACGGGAGCUGAAAGGGGAGGAUGACGGCAGUCUGGUGUUGGAGGACGGCAGGGAGCAACUGAUGUACGAGAUCCCCCUCAAUGAAUCGGGGUCGGCCGGCCUGGGAGUCAGCCUGAAGGGCAACAAGUCCAGAGAGACCGGGGAGGACCUGGGCAUCUUCAUCAAGUCCAUCAUCCACGGAGGGGCCGCUUACAAGGUAGAGGGGAGCAGUUUGAUACGUUCACAGUAUUCAUAUAGUACUUUAAUUUAUGUGCAUCUGCUUUAUGAGCCAUGGGGCCACAAUGCAUACCAGGGGCCCUCAGGACCCUCCAGACCCCCAAACAGGGAGCCCACCGCCAACCGCGCAAGUCCCACCCCGGUGACGACCGAUGACUACGCGUACGGCAACUCCGGGAGCGCUCUGUAUCCCGCUGCGACCGCCAACGGCAGCCACGGCCAGUACGGCAACGUCGAUGAAGAGUUUGAGAAAGGCUUCCACCCGCUGCCCUCCCCCGACGCUGUGGAGGAAAUGAAUAGAGACUUACCGCUAACCCUCCCACGCCACAGCGAGUUCCAGAAGCAGCAGAAGGCGGCGGCGACUUUCUAUGCAGACGACAAGGACAACGUGCCUCGCAACAGAGCGUCCAAGAGCAUGGACCUGAUGGCGGAUGAGAGCAACGUGAGAUCCCUGGCCGGGCAGAGGAACGAGCCCUCGGCCGGCGGAGCGCUGGGCCCGACCCUGGGCCUCUGGAAGUCCAGCUCCCUCGAGAGCCUCCAGACAGCCGUGGCGGAGGCCGAGCAGAGUCGCAGCAAAGCCCAGGUGCCCUUCCACCGGCCGCGGCCGCACAUCGUGCGCGGGCGCGGGUGCAACCAGAGCUUCCGCUUCGCCAUCGACAAGUCCUACGACGGGCCCUCAGAAGACGACGACGACCUGACGGACCACAGCUCCGGUUGUGAAACGCCCGUCAGCAGCUCCUCUCGCCAGGGCCUGGACGCGGAGGACGGCAAGAAGAAGAAGAAAACCAAAGGGAAGAAGAAAGAGAAGAAGAGCAAAGGGAAGAAGAAAACGGACGACUCUGUGGACGACGCGGAGAAGAAGACCAAAAAGAAAGGAUUCGGCCUCUUAAGAUUUGGUAAGAAGAAGGACGACAAGAGCAAAGAGGCUGCCAAAGCCUCCAAAAGCAAACUGGAGGCCCUCAGUGAAGAGGAGCUGGACAGGAACCAGGACCAACGAGACAGCUACGACCCGCGCUACGCCGAGAUCCACUCGGGCCACGUCACCCCGGACUCCUCCUUCCCCGACGUGGAGGACGACGACAGCGACCCCAACUACGCCCGCAUCAACAACUUCCGCCAGCCGCCCUCGCCACAGCCGCUGAUCAGCCGCACGCCCUCCCCCGCCGCGCUGACCGGCGGGCCUAACCAGCUCCGGGCCUCCUCCGAGGAGCUGGGCGGUCUCUACGCCAAGGUCAACAAGUCCAGACCCCCGCCGGCUCUGCAGAACCAGCAUCAAACACAGGCGGACAGCGAUCAGCGUCUCCAGGGGCUGCGCCGCGACCACCAGCAGGCCCGAGCCGCUCCGGGCUACGACGAGCUCGACGCCCAACGCCGCAGAGUCCUGGAGCACGACCCGCACCGGAUGGCCCCUAGAGGUGCUGACUCUCGAGCCGCGCCCCUUUACGAAGAGGUGGACCGGCAGUACCCCACACAGCCCAGGAGGGAUCCAUAUGAUUACCCCACACACUCCAGACCAGUGGCGAGAGAACCAGCCUACCCCGGGCACUACACCGAUCCUCCGCAAUCCCAUCAGGCGCCCAGCAACCAGCGUUACUACCCCUCGUCCUCCGGCGCGGGGCAGCAGCACCGUGCAGCAGUGAGGCAGGACGUCCCCCCGUCUCCCACCGCGGGCCGCAGAGGGCGGAGCUACUACGAAGGCCCGGGGGGACGGGGAGACGGCCACCGGCAGGCCAGCCCGGGUCGUUACACCGACCCAGAGAGGUACCGCGACAUCGGGGAGCGCCACGCCAGCCCCGAGCGCUACGACCUCGGGGACGAAAGACAACCCGACCCGAGGCGGAAGAACCCCUUGAUAGGAGCGGUGUAAAACAAAAAAGAUACCCCGGAGUGACAGUACCCCUCUCGUCGAGUCAGUCACACAAAGAAUAUAAAUAACUCCAAAUUCAUGUGUUUCUGGAAUUGUGAAUUAUCAUAUCAGCUGUCCGGGCUGCCAGUGUGGAUAAGUGAGAUUUGGCCAUAUUAACUUAUCUGAUCAGGAACCCUUAAAGCUAGAAGUGACAAGCUGGGAGGCUAAAAUAAGGCUUAUUUUCUGAACCAUCUGGUCAUAACUCUGCACAGGCCAAGACAGAUUUAACGUGUGUGUGUGUGUGUGUGUGUGUGUGUGUGUGUGUGUGUGAGCAAACGUGUACAUGUAUACACAUGUUUGCAACCGCUUGUGUGUACACGCAAGUGUGCCCAUGUUUAUAUUGACAGAUUUUAUGAUGUGUCUUUGAAAUUAGUAUAUAUUUAGUGUAUAGAAUCAACUCUGCCAGCAUUUUGCACAAGCUGAUCAAACUGAAGGAAAUAAGGAAGGAUCACCUUGACCAGAAGAGCCAGGAAACACAGGAAGUUGAAGUGGACACACAGGAAAGGAAGCAGCUUCAAAGUGUCCUCUUGUCCUUGAUGUUUUGUCUCUUGGACUUCCUUUACAUCCGGCCAUAUAGAUAUCUGUAUUUUUGCCUUUGAUUAUGUGGAUGUAAACGUGGAUGUAAACGAGGCCGAUACAUUCACUGAAGAUUUGUCCGACGUAUAAAUGCAAUGCAUAUGAAUUUAUUUGUGGUAUUUUGGUGGGGUUUCUAAUUAAAAAUGUAUAAAUGUGACGGAUGACAGAUUAUAAAAGUGUUCCGUGUGAAUCCUCACACACGGGGCAGCUAAUAUAGAGCUUAAUAAAACGUUUGCAUCUUUUGA